ACUGUAGGCGUGGUAGUUGUAAUGGCGACCGAGAUUCGGACCUCUAGCUCAGCAGAUGAGGAGGCGGCUGGUUUACUGACAGAUUGCUGUGGAAUUUGCGAGAAACAGUUCGCAAAGUACACGUGUCCAAGAUGCAACGUCCGCUACUGUUCGUUAGACUGCUACAAACGUGAAAGUCAUGCUCAGUGCUCUGAGUUGUUUUACAAGAAUUGUUUUAUGGAGGCACUCAAAGAAAAAUCUGUUAGUCCCGAAGAAAAGCGUCAAAUGCUAGAAAUGCUAAAACGAAUCGAAUCAACCCACACAGACGAUCUCGUUGAUGACACAUCAGACGAAGACGAUCCAAGCCUAGAAGAAAGGCUAGCAUCUCUAAAUCUCGAUGUUGCCGAGCCCGACACGAUUUGGGAGUGUUUGAACGACGGUGAGAGACGAGAGUUCCAGCGGUUGCUACAAACUGGAGAAAUGGCCGAUUCCAUUGCUCUUCACACGCCGUGGUGGGAACGUGCGGGUUGCAUCAGAGCACUUGUUGAAGUGGUGGGAGACGAAGGCGGACGAACAAACACGAACGUUCCGGAUGUUAUGGGCGGCAUCCCACCGCUUGGCCGUUUACUCAAAGCUACUCCCCCGGCUGUGCAGCUCAAAUACAAUGCAGUUAGUAUUCUGUAUUCAUAUUGUUACAUUGUCAGACUAUAUAAUGGCGAUCACAUGGAUAUGGCUGUUGAAGCAGCACAGACUGUUCUCGACUUGUGUCCAGUGCUUGCACAUAACGUCUCAUACAACGACGUUUCCGAAGUUGUGCACCAUUGUGUGCACACAUGCCAGCAGCACAAUCAACCAUACGGGUCAUCAGAGUACUCAACAUCUGCCCUCCUUGACGUUACUAACAUUCUAAUGCCAGUGACUGCAACAACAGGUAGAGCGUCUUCUUCCAACGACUUCACACUGGCAGCAUUAUCCGAUUUGUAUCGGAUAUUUGAGGCAGCAGUAAGAGACACGAAGAAAACGGUCGCUCAAGCUAAACAAUCUAGAACAGUAGUGUCACAUAUGGAACUGAAACGAUCGCUACAAAUGGCGACACGGAAGCUAUACUUCUUUUUAUCGUAUGUGGCAUCAAACACAGAUGAUGUGGCAUCACUGGCCAUGCCAGUAAAGCUGGAACUUGAGAGUAUACGAUCCAAAGUUCAAGAACAUAAGCUUGUCCAAUCGAAGAUAGAGAAGCAGAGAGACGAGAGAAAGUGUGGCCAUGGGACCAAGCGACUUAUUGAAGAGGUCACGUAGCUUGCUGCCCACACUUCAAACUGCCUACUGUAUAUUCUAGGAUAAGACGAGACAAUAGAUUUUAUGUUACAAUUACAGAGACGAUUGAAGUAUAUUGACAUGUGUGUCAAUGAGAGAAGUGUAGAGAGUACACGUACCAAUCAAUAACGACACUACAUUAGAACGUCUAUCAGAUGUAGCCUUGACACUAGGCCUUCCUUUGCUUUUGUACUAUAAGCAAUGGGGUUAGAUCAUGU